GGCUUCUCCUCUUCAUUUUGCAAGCGCUUUCUUCUUUGUUUCACAUCCUGCGUAGAUACGAAGCGAGUUUAAACAGCUAAAAACCUCGGAUUUUACAGUGAACAACACCUCAGUAAUGGCGGAGCCAAAAACCAAAUACGAUCGCCAACUCAGGAUAUGGGGUGAGCAAGGACAGGCAGCCCUAGAGAAAGCCAGCAUAUGCUUGCUUAACUGUGGUCCUACUGGUUCCGAGACAUUAAAAAAUCUUGUCCUUGGUGGGGUUGGAUCAAUCACAGUGAUUGAUGGAUCUAAAGUUGAAGUCAGUGAUCUUGGAAAUAAUUUCAUGGUGGAUGAAUCUAGUGUGGGGCAAUCAAAAGCAAAGUGUGUGUGUGCAUUUCUUCAAGAGCUAAAUGAUGCUGUUAAAGCUAAGUUUAUAGAAGAGCAUCCUGAAGCAUUGAUCGAGACAAAUCCAUCUUUUUUCUCUCAGUUUACAUUGGUAGUAGCAACUCAGCUAGUAGAAGAUUCAAUGAUAAAGCUUGAUAAAAUCUGUAGGGAGGCCAAUGUGAAGUUGAUUUUUGCCCGCUCCUACGGCCUUACUGGAUUUGUUAGAGUCAGUGUGAAGGAGCAUACAGUGAUUGAGUCAAAGCCUGAUCACUUUCUGGAUGAUCUUCGGUUGAAUAACCCAUGGCCUGAGCUCAAAAGUUUUGCCGAAACAAUUGACUUAAAUGUGGCUGAUCCUGUUGCCCAUAAGCACACUCCAUAUGUAAUUAUCCUUGUCAAGAUGGCUGAGGAGUGGGCCAAGACUCAUGGUGGUGGCCUUCCAUCAACUAGGGAUGAGAAAAAGCAAUUCAAGGAGCUUCUCAAAACUGGGAUGCUUGCUGUAGAAGAAGAAAACUAUAAAGAAGCUAUAGAGGCCUCCUUUAAAGUCUUUGCUCCUCGAGGAACUAGUUCAGAUCUGCAGCAGAUAAUUAGUGAUAGCUGCACGGAAGUCGAUUCUAAUUCUUCAGACUUCUGGGUGAUGGUGGCUGCUCUAAAGGAGUUCAUUGUCAAUAAAGGUGUGGGGGAGGCACCUCUUGAGGGUUCAAUACCAGAUAUGACUUCUUCAACCGAGCUCUAUGUAAAUUUGCAGAAAAUCUACCAAGCAAAAGCUGAAGCUGAUUUUCUUGUUAUUGAGCAACGGGUGAGGAAUAUACUGAAGAAAAUUGGUAGAGAUCCUGAUAGUAUCCCAAAGACUAUGAUAAAAAGCUUCUGCAAAAAUGCUAGGAAGCUAAAGGUUUGCAGGUAUCGCCCUAUUGAGGAUGAGUUCAACAACCCUUCCCUACCUCAGUUGCAGAAGUAUUUAACGGAUGAGGAUUACAGUAUGGCCAUGGGCUUUUAUAUUUUGCUGCGAGCUGUUGACCGUUUUGCCGCUAAUUAUAACAGUUUUCCUGGGCAAUUUGAUGGGGCAAUGGACGAGGAUAUAUCCCGAUUAAAAACUACAGCCGUCAGUCUGCUAAGUGACUUGGGUUGCAAUGGAUCCCCCUUGACUGAGGACCUUAUAAAUGAAAUGUGCCGGUUUGGUGCUUCAGAGCUCCAUGCAGUAGCAGCCUUCAUAGGAGGAAUUGCAUCACAAGAAGUGAUCAAGCUAAUAACAAGACAGUUUGUUCCCAUUUCUGGGACCUUUAUAUUCAAUGGAAUCGAUCACAAGUCUCAAUUGUUGGCACUGUAAAAUGCUUCAAAAAUCCUUUGCUUUAGGGAAGGAACAGUCCAUCUUUUCGCAGGUACGGCUUCAUUACAUUGCAUAAUGGAGGCAUUCUAUGCAUCAUUGCAAGGCACACAUUAUUUAGGCGGGGUUCGUUGAUUUGAAAGUUUUUUGUAAUCUAGUCAUUGAUGUGAAACUUCAAAAAGGAAAAAAAAUGAAAUGAGUUAAGGUAAAUCUAAGAAUACUUGCUUUUUCAAUUUUUUAGCCAUGAGAAUGCACUAUUCAUGAUUCUUGUUGGGUUUAUUUUGGCAUCUUGAACUUGUUCACAUUGAAGCUCCAUCUAUAAUGCAAGCCCUAGCAAAGAGAGUAAUGAUUUUACGUGAUUACUCUCCUGCCUCUUUUCUAUCA